CGUGGCCGACGGGCUCAUGACGCCUCACGCGUCGCGCCCGUGACUUCGUCCAUGUCUUCCAGAAGCCCACGCCGCCACGCAUCCCUUCCUCCCCCGGCGGUAUAUAAUCACCGCCGUGUGCAAAAUAUAGAACCAGCAAGCCAAAGGUUUACACAGCCUCCAUUGAAGUGCAAGAAGCAAAGCCUUUUAGCUUACACGUCCAUCAAACACCUCAGUUCGCUACCAUCCCUCAGCUUGGAGAGAUGAACACCUUGUGCGCCAAGCCCAUGGGGUUCUCGGGUGGCGUCAAGUGCCAGCGGCGGGCGCGGGUGAGGGUGUCGGCCGUAGCGGCGACGCCGGAGAGGGCGACGAUGUACGACGUGCUGGCGGUGGGGACGUCGGCGGGGCCGGAGGAGAUCAAGGCGGCGUACAGGCGCGCCGCGCGGCGGUGGCACCCGGACGCGUGCCCGGGCGGCGCCGACCGGUUCAUGAGGGCGCGGGAGGCCUACGAGGUGCUCUCCGACCCCGAGCGCAGGCGGGGCUACGACAUCCAGCUGCGCUGUGGCGCUGGCGCGGGCGCCGCCGGGUCCCGCCCGGCGCCGCGCGCGGGCUUCGCCGACUGGGAAGCACAGCUGGCCGGGCUGCAGUGGCGGAUGGCGGACACGCGAGGCGAGACGUGGGGGAGCAGGAUGCGCCGCGGCGCCGCGCAGCCGGCACCGUUCUAAACCGCACCGCCGGCUUUGUGCUCUGUGUUUUCAACUGUGGCACUCUUAUAUUCUACUCCCUCCGUUUCAAAUUACUCGUCGCAGAAAUCCAUUCCAUUUUACGCGGUGGGAUUCGGUUGGUGAUGAAACUGUAUAGUGUAGUACAGACAGUGUACAAAAGUACGGUAGUUUCUUUCUUGAUAAAAAAGUACGGUAACUAUUUCCAUCCUUA